AUGUCAGCAGCCACCAGCCGUUCCUGCCACCUGUUCCUGGGAACGGAACGAGCCUCAGGCCACAUCUACUUCCUCGGCCGACUCCACCGAAACCUGAACUCCAUCAAGACAGCACCACAGAGAAUGUUCUGGGAUCUCCAGAGGAGAAAGGGCGUCCAAGAUGAAAUUCUAAUCCAAGAGCUUUUGGACCCAAGCAAAUCAGCAUUUGAAACAGAGAGUACAGCAUCGACAUUGUCAACAAAACAAUAUUCUGGCAUCGAUGACAAUUAUCAAGGUGAUGGUGCUGAGAAUUAUCAUGAACUACUGGAAAGUUCAGAACUCUCUUCUGGCAAUGAGGAAAGAAACUAUAAUACUGGUAAAUAUGACCCACCAAUCCCCCUGCUGGAUUCAGAAGAAAAGAAGGAUCCAAAAAAUGAUCGAUAUGGCAGAUUAUCAAUCCUGGACAAAAUCCUUCAGAACAUAGGGAGAUCUUCAGGUAACCCGGGGCUGACAGGCAGCGGCUCAUCCUGGGAGGCCUGA